GCUUAUUGCCGGGGAUCCGUCUUGUGGUUCCUAAAUUCCCAAUUGAACCUCCUGGUCGUAUCGCUCUCCGCUUCGGAACCUGUGCUACGUGACAACAAGCGACUGGAGUUCGGCGGCUAGUCUUACCGUGAAUGGCCCCUUAUAAUGAGCCUCGCUAUCAAGCAGAAUCGUCCUAGCUCCUUUCGCGUUCCAGCCACCGCACAUCGUCCUUGAUCCAUCGCCCUCGUCGCCCUCGUCGCGUCGUCGCCGUCGUCUGCUGCUAUGGGCCGUAGGAUCGCGCUGUUCCUCGUUGUCGUCGGCCUCCUCAUCGUGCCGUCGCUAUGUCGACCCGACGCUUCCGCCCGACGGGUGGGUGCGGCAUCCGCGGCUUCGUCGCAAGGCGCUGAGCCGGAGGAGGACGCGCGGAUGGGGGACGGGAAAGGGGACGGGGAGGGGGAAGGGGAAGGGGAGGCGGUGGAAGGGCGAGCGAUGGAUCCGUCGGCGACAGGGACUCAGUGCAACAUCACGGGCGCGUGCCUCAUAUGCACGGAGCAGCAGAAGGUGGAGGACCCCGCGUGCCAGCCCACGGGGUACCGCCAGGCCAUCUCCUGCAUCGAGCGCUACAGUGGUGCCGUCUCCUCCCUCCCGUCCGCGCGCGCCCGCGCUGGCGGCGCUGCCAAGACACGCGGGGACGUGGCGGGGGGGGCGCGUCAGGCGUUCGGAGAGGCGGGGGCGAGGGGGUCGAGCGGGGGGAGGGGCGGGAUAAAUGGCGCUGGCGGGGACGGGGGGGAGCUGCAGGAGGGAGGGGGAGGAGACGGGGCAGGGGAAGGCAGGGAGGCGCAGGAGAUCGAUUCCAAUGGAAGCAGGGGGCGCAGUGGAAGCAGCAAGCGCAGAAUCCAGGAAAGGGGUGAUGGCGUGGUUAUUAGUGAGGGGCUUGGGGGAGAGGAUGCUGGUAGGAACGAGUUGCGGGGGGGAAAGGGGGUGGCUGAUCCAUCUGAGAGCGGUGCUAGGAGGAGGCUGGACGGCAGAAGCCAUGCGGUGCAGCAACUGGAAGCAGUUGGAUACCGGGAGGGCUCGGGAAGUGUUGAGGGGAGAGCAGAAGUUGAGGUUGUGCAAGGAUGGGGUCAAGAAGAGGGGACGAUGCUGCUGAGGCGGUUACUGGGGGAGGUGAGGACAGUGCAGGUGGCAGGGCGGGUGAGCAGCAUGGAAGCCAGUGCGGAGGAGGAAGGGGCCAGAGGAGGCAGCAGCAGCAGCAGCAGCAACGGUGGCAGCGGUGGCAGUGGUAGUGGCAGCAGGGAUGGGUUGGGGGGUGAGAGAAUGAGGCGCUUUUUGACGUACGAGUCGUGCAAGCCAGAGGUGGAGACACUGUCGGUGCUGGGGUUCGAGGGUAUCAUGCUGGCGAUACUGGCGGUGUGCGGGCCCGUUGUGUACCACCGCAAGAGAAAGGGCGGCAUGGCAGCGGGCACCGUGCGCCUCUCCAACUCCAGCAACCGCUUCUAGCACCUCCACUCCAUGCGCACCCCCUCAACCACCCAUGCCAUGCCUUGGUUCGUCAGGAUUCAGUCGGGUCGGGACCGUCACUGGACACUGCUCUUGCCAGCAUGAACUCAUUGAUAUCAGUAGCCUUGCAAACUGCCAUCUCUCCCAAGGGCAGAGCUCAAAGCUGGAGGCCCUGUUUGUUAGAUUACGUGAAUGCUUUACUAGAAGGAGAAACCUAGAACAUAUACCUGUUGGGUUGUAUUCACUAGAAACACACACCUAGUCUAGCCUCUAACUAUUACAUAGAUCAUAUGUAUAAGUUGACACACC